AUGGAGUCUAUCCCGUCGUCACCUCCACCCGCACCCACCUUCACGGAGCAGUCCACCAUCCGUCCUCCUCUUCCUCGUCCGCAACCAACGGUGGUCACCUCUGAGUGGUCGUCUCUAGCCCCCUCCGAUUUAUCCUCUUUAAUUGCUAUAGAGGUGUCAAAAGCUAUUCAUGAUAUUUUGCCGUCGAUCUCAAGGAGGGAGAAAUCCCGACCUCAACAUCCGGCAACCCGUCGAGCCCUCUCGAGACCCACCUUAGAUCUGGCUAAACCUCGGCACAUCUCAACCUCAGCUCACAUCACCGUCUCAGAGAAGCCCUCCGUCACAGACCUGCCGCUUCUGCCUAAUAUCCACCGGAACAUCUCAGCCGCCGUUGACACCUCACCGGUUAGAAAUGCGGUCGACAUAUCUCCGGUUGAAAACAUAGUUCCGAUUGCGUUUGGGACCUUGUCAUCGGAAGCCCUAUGUCAGGUUACACAAAAGUCAAAACAUGGAAGCGACGAUGCAGAGAACAUUUCCCCUCAGCUGCGUUUCGAUUUGGGCCCUCAGCUCCCUCUUAAUCCGAGUGGGCCUAACAACUUCAAAACUAGCCCAUCAUCCCAUUUUGAACCCAUCACUCAAAUCCAGCCCCUUAGUCCACAUCAACGUCCAACAAACCUCUACUCUCAGGCCACAUCAACAUCCCAUCCCAGCAUCCAACCCAUCUAUCAGCCCAUCCCACAGUCCAACAUUGGUGGCACCAUCGUCGGAACUUCAGAGAACCGUUCCUUACAGUCGGAGAUUCCGCCUUUGAGGUUGCCGUCGGCCAUUCAAAACACAUCUCUGAAAAGCGGCGAAGCAAAAACCGAAAACCCUCAGCUCAUUAUUGAAGGGCCCAUUAUCCCUUUCUACCUCAACCUCAAUCUUUCAGCCCGCCUCAACUCAUAA